GCCUAAUUAGUUAAAGAUGGUCUUUGGGACGCAACAGCGCCGCGUGAGUAAUCAGCCAUGCGAUGCUGAAGUUCGCAUGCCGAGUGAGUCGAGUAUCUGAGAUGCUCACAGAGUUUCGUAUGAUCAGAUGCAGUCGUUAGAGUAAAAAAUGCGUCCUUGUAUGCGGUGUCUGUAUUUUGCUAGAGUUUUGCUGUGGAAGUGAACAACGACGUAGUUUGCGGAAGAUUACGAGAGUUUGCGAGAGCGAGAGAGGAAUUCGGAUAGAUGGGGAGGAUGAAGGGUGCAGCGGAGAUGCCUGGUGCAGCUGGGUCGGUGCCGUUACCUGAGGUUCUGACCGAUUUUAGGCAAGAGAGCUACUGGGAUCAAUUUUUUAAGGCUAGCCAGGGCCGGCCGUUUGAGUGGUAUGGAGAUUGGGUUUCGCUGCCUAAAGUGUUUCGGGAGCUUCUGGGCUUGAGGCCUGAACGGAACCCGCCGCUGGAGAUUCUUGUGCCGGGCUGUGGGAAUUCGAGGCUGUCAGCGGCUAUGUAUGAUGCUGGGUUUCAGAAAAUUGUCAAUGUAGAUUUCAACAAACGCGUCAUAACUGAGAUGUUGAGGUUAAAUGUGCGAGCUCGCCCUUUGAUGCGAUGGCAGGUUAUGGAUAUCACCAAAAUGCAGUUUGCAGAUAAUUCAUUCGAUGUGGUGUUGGACAAGGGUAGUUUAGACGCACUUACGGGAGAGCCAGAUGAGCCUCAAGUUGCAGCGGAAGGACUUCUUUCCGAGGUGAAGCGAGUACUAAAACAUGGUGGAAAAUACAUUUGUAUUACACUUGCUCAGCAGCACGUAAUUGAAUUGCUGCUUGGAAACUUCAGGAUAGGCUGGGACGUUGUUGUGUAUCAAGUGCAAGAUGAGUCAAAUGAUACAUCAUCUGCCUUACAGCCACUACUUGUGGUGGCUACAAAUACUGGUUCUGUUAAGGUUUCUCCGGUAAAACCCUGCUUAGAAGAAGUCAAUCCAAGAGCAGCCAAUGCAGACCAGAUGAAUUGCGUGGUAAGUGUGAUUGAAGCGGAAAAUAAACUGCGCGCAACUUUUGAAGCUGGUUCGGUGGAGGAUCAGGAAGUUGAAGAGGACUAUUCUGAGUAUGAUGAAUUAAAUCCAGGCAAAGUGAGAACGGUAAAGUUAGGUGGUCAUUAUCUUGCAGUGGUUCUUGAUGCCAAGCCCGAGUCUGGACCUCACGCGUAUAAGGCGGCUGUUUUCUUAGUUCCAAGGGGUCGAGCACAUGAGUGGCUCUUUUCUACUGAGGAAGGACAGUGGGAGAUUGUAGAGGCUGCAAAAGCGAGUCGACUUAUAAUGGUCAUGUUGGACACUCAGCAAUAUCCAGGAAGCUUAGCAGCUGUCCAGGACGAACUGUCUCAUGUUGUGAAGAAUUUUUUACCACUUCAUUGCAAGGAGUCUAAAGAUAUUCCGUACAUGACCACAGAUGAUGGUGUACACCGGAGAACUGUCCUUGAAGAGAUAAAAUCCCCAAUUACUGGUACAAUUAAGGUUGAAGACGUGGUACUUGAAGGUAAGAAAACCAGUGAAGAUGCUGCAUCAGCUCCAACACAGAGCUUCUAUCGUCGACUCGUCUUCGACAGAAAUCCCAAUCUUAUCCAGUCUGAUGCAGUACUAGUGCCUUACUCAGCAGUGGCUGAAGACCCACAAUCGAGAAAGCAGACUACCCAGCAGAAAAAGAAGAAGAAGAAGAGUAAAGCCAAAGAACCAGUGCUUGAUAUUAAAAACGAGGUGGAGGAGGAACUCCGGGUGGAUCACAGUCAGUUGGGUAAUAGCUAUCAUGCAGGGAUGAUUGCUGGUGUAGCACUAAUCACUCAAGGUCUAGAACAAAGUUUGUCUGUCAAAGAUCCAGUAAGAGUGAUGGUAGUGGGGCUCGGAGCAGGGUUGCUACCUAUGUUUUUACAUAAUCAUCUCCCGGUUGAUCAUAUUGAGGUGGUUGAGCUGGAUGGUGUAAUUGGAGAUUUAGCUAAGCGCCAUUUUGGGUUUGUCGAGAAUAAUCGCAUGAAGCUACACGUAGGGGAUGGUAUCGACGCAGUGCAUGCGAUUGGACGGGUAGCUAAAAUACCUGUUAAGGUGCCCACAGUUUCAGAACUUUCAGAAAAUCUGGCUACGAGUCAUAUAAACGAAGGUUCAAAUUCUGUGAAGGACCAAAGGUUGCAUGUUUUGAUUAUUGAUGCAGAUGCUGGCGACUCAAGCUUGGAAAUGAGCUGUCCACCAAAAGAAUUUUUGGAUGAGUCCUUCCUUGCUGCAGCCAAGGUAGCGCUUGUGGAUGAGGGUAUGCUGGUCAUCAAUGUGGUGUCCCGGGCUGCACGAGCAGUUUCUUCUGCGGCUUCAAAGCUCCAGAAGGUAUUCGAGGAGGUUUAUGAGUUGAAGAUCGAUGAGGACGUGAAUCGUGUUCUUUUUGCACUUCCACGUAAAUGCCCUGUGCCUAACGACUCUCUAAUCAGUGACUUGCGUUCCGCAGCAUUGCGUUUGAGGAAAUUGUGUACAGAUUUUUCACCUUGGCAACAUGGUCCAGCCCUAGAAGACUUCUUACAAGAAGAUAAGCUACGCCUAAUUCCCAGAACUUAGCCGGGAUGAUAUUAGACUGUAUUUGCAGAAGCAUGUGAAACUUUGUUUUCCUGGGGUUUGGCAUUGACAGGGUUGAAAGUCCAAAGAUGUCACACAGCUGUGACAGUGAGUCCAUCAGUGUGUUUAAUAUGGGUUCUCAUGCCAAUUAUUUACUGCAUUGCAGUCAAACCCAAGGCCAAAAGUAAUCUACUAGUUUGGAGAGUCAAUAUUAAAGUGAUAUAUAGCGCCGUGUCUUUUUUGAAGCCAGAGGAAGAGAUCAACCUUUUACUCUGAUGAGUUAAAAAGACUGUUUUUCCUGGUGUCCAGUCUUUCUCUCCUAACAUCAGACAUGUCUUGGCUUUCGUUACUUACACCAGCAGUCCUGUGCAGUCUUUUUAUACUCCAUGCAGAAGAACUAGUAUGGAUUAUGCUGUCGACUCAACUUUGGUUGGCUUCAAACGUCAGCAGUGCAGUUAUUCACUCGCUGAAUUUCAUACAAAGUGGUAAUCCAUGUUUCUUAAGUA